GCAUACUGCAUAUAUGGACGUUGACAGAGAGCGACCAAGUCUACGCUAGACCUACAGCAUCAUCUUGAUCUUUCGGCUGCUCUGCCAUCGCUGGCCGCUCCACUAUGGCCCUCGAUGCGGCUCUCUUCACGCUCCACUUCCUGCCCCGGCAAUCCUCACCCUCCAUCAUCGACCUCUGCUCCUCGAUACCCACAACAGGCGCGCAUAAUCCCCCUCCAACAUAUACCCUCUCUCGGGCCAUAAGGUCACCACAGUACAGCACAGCACUCCUCGAUGGCUUGUCACUCACGGAGCUUGCGUCAGUCGGAGCACUCUUGGCCUCGGACAAACGCAAGGUCGUAAAGCUAAUCAAUCCGGAUCAUGACGUUGAUUUGGCAAGGAAGAGCAACGUCCUCAAGCCGCAGUGGACGCUGCAGUGGCAAGACGAGACCUUCCUCCUUACCCGGGAAGGCUUCCCCUCCUCCCCACCUGGCUAUGACGUCGAGAUCGUCCGCAAACCUGACCCACCAAUCAAAGUCGCCAUGUAUCGCCCGGAGAGUAAACGCUCCCCUGCCUUCCUUCAGAUCUUUGACUACAACAUCGACCGAUGCGAAAAGAUCACCGACAAGCGUGGCCUCGAACAGACACUAGUGCUGGCUAUUGCGAGCUGCUUAGAUGCGGAGUACGAUGAACGACACAAGGGACCGACAGAGAACAUCUUCUUGGCCCCUCCAGGGACGCAGUCUGGUAAUUCGUCGUCAAAUUCGCCUGAUGCGCAGGCUGCUCCUGUGGCAAUUCCGCUGGAGCCAAAUGAGAUCUUCCUCACGCCGCUCAGCGAGCCGGCGCAUGCGGUAGAGCAUUGCCUCGGCCUGCUGAAGUCAGGCUCAGAUGUUGCCGAUCGGGGGAUGGGCCUGGACUUGGUCAUCGUGAGGGCGCAAGGUGAGGAGAUGGCUCGAAGGGCGCUGACUGUGGCCGAGAGGGUCAAAGUGGGCUUUUACCGCUUGCCAGUGGCUGCCAAGGGCAGGCUGCUCGAUGGGACGGUGCCGAAUGAGCUUUACCUUUAUGUCAGGCCAUUGGAGGCGCCUUUGAGUCAGCCAGCACCAUCAGCAGGCCAGCCAUCAAGCAGUGCCAUUCCUGCUGCUCCAUCUCCACCAACCAGUAGCGUCCGCCCGCGCAUCAAGCUUGGCCAAGCGGCCGAGCCUACCCCUCCAGCUGCUCGGCCUGCCCCAUCUUCAUCCCCCUCGCCAACUCCCUCUCCAGCAACCCAACAAUUGGCCGGCAUCAGCGUCUACCUGAGCAAAAGCAAACUUGAGGAGUUCGAAGCCGAGCAAGCUCUCAAAGCCCGGCAGAGGGAAGAAAGGCAGGGGCGUGAGCUGGCACAUCGACUUUCCCAGCAGCAACAGCCGCAGUCGCAGCCACAUCCUCAACAUGGUGGGGCUCACGGUCCUGACUGGCUUCGGCCUCCUGUAAGGCAUGACGGUGGCAGAAGCCCAUCUCCCGGCGGUCGCACUCCUUCUCCAGCGGGCAGUAGUGGGGCAGGGACAGACCAGAGCGUCGCAGGAGAAUCGGCAGGCACCAACAGUGACUCGUCACGCCUUCAUCGCUUCCUCAACAAGUUGCACGUCUCCCCAUCGUCGACGCCAGCAGGUGCUCAAGCAUCAAACAACGGCAGAGCUUCCCCCGCCGGACGAUAGGCAGCAGUAGAGGUUGCC